AAGGAGCGGUAACUGGAAAACAAGCAUUGCAUUGCAUCAGGAUGUCUAUGAAAUGGACUUCAGCUCUUCUGCUGAUACAGCUGAGCUGUUACUUGAGCUCUGGGAGUUGUGGAAAGGUGCUGGUGUGGCCCACAGAAUUCAGCCAUUGGAUGAAUAUAAAGACAAUCCUGGAUGAGCUUGUCCAGAGAGGUCAUGAGGUGACUGUAUUGGCAUAUUCACCUUCCAUUCUUCCUGAUCCCAACAACCCAUCUGCUCUUAAAUUUGAAAUUUGUCCUACAUCCUUAACUGAAACAGAGUUUGAGAAUGGCAUCACACAACUGAUUAAGAGAUGGUCAGACGUUCCAAAAGACACAUUUUGGCCACAUUUUUUACAAAUACAAGAAAUGAUGUGGACAUAUACUGACCUGAUUAGAAAAUUCUGUAAAGAUGUGGUUUCAAAUAAGAAACUUAUAAAAAAACUGCAGGAGGCAAGAUUUGAUGUUGUUCUUGCAGAUCCUGUUUCCCCCUGUGGUGAGCUGCUGGCUGAGCUACUUAAAAUACCCUUUAUGUACAGCCUCCGCAUCUCUCCUGGCUACGCAAUUGAAAAGCAUGGUGGAGGAUUUCUCUUCCCUCCUUCCUAUGUACCUGUUGCUUUGACAGAAUUAAGAGACCAAAUGACUUUCAUGGAGAGAGUACAAAAUAUGAUCUAUAUGGUUUAUUUUGACUUUUGGUUCCAAGUAUGGGAUGUAAAGAACUGGAAUCAGUUUUACAGUGAAGUUCUAGGUAAGUAA